AUGCGAGAACUAUACAAACUCAACAUGCGCGAUCCAGCUAAGAGAGAACUAUACAACAACAGACUGAUAUCAACAGAACGCGGCUGGAUACUACUGAGCGAGUAUCUUGAGGAAAGGAAUCGCGAGCCCAUAGUGACACCGAGUCCGGAGACAACAUACACACCGAUUACGGAGCGUUCAACGACACCACAGCCAAGACUACCUGUUCGCUGGCGCGACAGCCCUUUCGCGAAGUUGUCGAAGGAAGUACGACGAAACAUCUAUCGUCACUACUACGAAAUUCCAGGCGGCUACAAAGUCAAUCCCCAUACCAAUCAAUUGAGCAUGCCUGAUGGUGGGCCUAUCGAUCUCUCGCUCAGGUCCGUGUGCAGGGCGUUCAAUGAAGAGACAAAGGGUCUCGAAUUUGAGUGGAACACUAUUCACUCCGCCACCACCGAAUUGUCAUCAGAGUUGUCUCUGAUGGCUGCGUGUUGCGACAACGAUGUCAGAAUUGCUCUCAAUCUGGGACAGAAAGUUCUACUCGAAGCGCGCUCACUUAUCCACCACGUCCAAGCCGGUAUACUCCACGAAUUUCCAGCAUACUGGCAUGUCUUGGAAGACUUGCAGCGAUAUGGUCGACACAGGCACCCAACCGGAACACUGAUGAACAACGACAUGGACCCGCCCACAGAGCUACGCUUUCUUAGCAGUAUCCUGAAAAUGCUCUGGACCCAUAAAGAUUUCGAAGCAACGGUGGGGAGAGAACUCUCCAACUACAGAAUCAUCGAAACGUUGGAAAACCGGGCCACCAAGGACCUCUGGCAAAUCGACGAAGGGUCGAACUGCCGCUUUGACGCUUCCACAAGAUACAGCUUCUCUGCCGCCGCAGUAAUGAUUCGGUUCUUGAAGGCAAGUAUCGUCAACCCUGCGUUCAUGCACAUGCGAAAGCUACAUAUGCAUGAGGACCGUGCCUCUGCCGCUUUCCCCGAAUACCACGCGAAGCCCUUCAUAGGGUUCUGCAAGAUCAAUCCAAACCUCAACGUCCACCGCCGCGUCAGCUUAUGGAAUGCAAUAUUUGCGUCGGUCCACGACGCAGACCUAUAUCAUCCUGUCAAUAUUUUCGCUGCUACUACAUUUCGGUGGAUGGAAGAAGCGCGAAAUAUGGCUUACUCGUCUGUCCACCACCAUAUGCCUUACCGUCUGGAGAUCGACUGUGACAACAUGCCCGACCUUGCAAGCGAUAUCAUCCAUUCGUUCGAGAUCGAGGCAGCAUGGCAGAACAAACUUGGUGACAGCAUGCGUUCGGAAUCACAGGGUGUUCACGCCAUGGAGGAAACUCAUUCCAAGUACGCGUGGGAUCGAUCAGGGAGUUUUGAGUUUCUUAUGGGACUACUUCGAGUACCCCCUCGCGAGGGAAUGAUGGUGCAUUACAACUUCAAACCCAAGAGCGUGCGGCUUGGGUGGAUAAGCCGCCUCAGGUUCAUGGGGGAGUCAUGGGACGAGGCGUCGUGGAGGGAGUACAACGAUGAGCGCCAGCGUUUCAUGCGGCGGUUGACAAUCUUGUGGGAUCAAGGGUUCGUCGGAGGUAAGAGGAACGACCCCAUCAUGAUUGAUUAG